UCUCGCUUGCCCUCAAAAUUUCCUCUUUAUUCUCAUCUUUUUCUUUAUUUUCUCAUAGAUUCUCUCCCUCUUGACUUCCCUUUCUCUCCCUCAGAUCUCUGCUAACCAUCCAUCCGAACACACCCAUGACGCUUGGCUCAGGAGGAUCUAGUGUCGUGGUUCCUCGGAACUUCAGAUUGUUAGAGGAACUUGAACGUGGAGAAAAAGGUAUUGGAGAUGGCACCGUCAGCUAUGGGAUGGAUGAUGGAGAUGACAUUUACAUGCGCUCUUGGACUGGCACUAUCAUCGGUCCUCACAAUACUGUACAUGAAGGUCGAAUUUACCAAUUGAAGCUGUUCUGUGAUAAAGAUUAUCCAGAGAAGCCACCAAGUGUUCGUUUCCAUUCACGAAUCAACAUGACUUGUGUUAACCAUGAAACGGGAGUGGUGGAACCUAAAAAGUUUGGACUUCUAGCAAAUUGGCAGCGAGAGUACACCAUGGAAGAUAUACUCACACAACUGAAAAAGGAGAUGGCAGCCCCACACAACCGGAAGCUGGUUCAACCUCCUGAGGGUACCUACUUCUAGCUUCUAUGAUCAUAUAGGUAUUUUGGGGUCUUAUUGCAUAUUGCAAUGUGCAAUAUAUAGUUUGUAAUGCUGUGUUGAUCCUCUUGAUGUUAAGAACAUAUAGGGGAAUGCCUGAAAAGGCUUCUCUGACUACCCCUCCUUGGCUUCGUCUUUUUUUGUCUUCUUUUAUCAAACUGUAUUGAAAGGAUGCUGUUUGAUUAAUGGGAUUUUCUGUGUGUCAAAUAUUAAAAUACCAUUUUACUAGUAUUCAAGUUAUAAUUGGAUUA